AUGCCAACCAAGGAGCACGAGUUUGCAUGCGAGCGUGGCCUGGGCAAAGUGAAGCAACGGUCGAAGCUAUCCCGAGCUCAAACGUUCGCUUUUGGUCAGCACUCGCCAAUGGAGGAUAGUCCAACCGGUCGAUGCCGCGGAGCAAGCGAUCGCAACAUCAACACUGCUUUCGAGAGCCCACUUGGGCGAGGCUUUUCCCCUGGCCGUCUACCUGAACGACGCAUGUUCUCAUACUAG